CACGGACAAUCAACAAAAAGGAAGGCAGUUCUUCUUGACAACAUACAAAGACAAGAUCAUAAUAGCCAACAACUAUGAGGGUGCUUGCUGUCUUCAUCGUUGGACUUGCCGUCGUAUUUGGAAAUGUCGUAAUUACCCCGGGAAACAGAAAUGUUAACACUCCAGUUGGCGAGAUCCAUACCAGAAAUGUCGUGAUUACCCCAGGAAACAGAAAUGUUAACACUCCAGUUGGCGAGAUCCAUACCAGAAAUGUUAACACCCCAGUUGGCGAGAUCCAUACCAGAAAUGUUGUCAUUACCCCAGGAAACAGAAAUGUUAACACCCCAGUUGGCGAGAUCCAUACCAGAAAUGUUAACACCCCAGUUGGCGAGAUCCACACCAGAAAUGUUGUCAUUACCCCUGGAAACAGAAAUGUUAACACCCCAGUUGGUGAGAUCCACACUAGAAAUGUUGUCAUUACCCCAGGAAACAGAAAUGUUAACACUCCAGUUGGCGAGAUCCACACCAGAAAUGUUAACACCCCAGUUGGUGAGAUCCACACCAGAAAUGUUGUCAUUACCCCAGGAAACAGAAAUGUUAACACCCCAGUUGGCGAGAUCCAUACCAGAAAUGUUAACACCCCAGUUGGCGAGAUCCACACCAGAAAUGUUGUCAUUACCCCAGGAAACAGAAAUGUUAACACCCCAGUUGGCGAGAUCCACACCAGAAAUGUUAACACCCCAGUUGGCGAGAUCCACACCAGAAAUGUUGUCAUUACCCCAGGAAACAGGAAUGUUAACACCCCAGUUGGCGAGAUCCAUACCAGAAAUGUUAACACCCCAGUUGGCGAGAUCCACACCAGAAAUGUUAACACCCCAGUUGGCGAGAUCCAUACCAGAAAUGUUGUCAUUACCCCAGGAAACAGGAAUGUUAACACCCCAGUUGGCGAGAUCCAUACCAGAAAUGUUAACACCCCAGUUGGCGAGAUCCACACCAGAAAUGUUGUCAUUACCCCAGGAAACAGAAAUAUUAACACCCCAGUUGGCCAGAUCCACACCAGAAAUGUUAACACCCCAGUUGGCGAGAUCCACACCAGAAAUGUUGUCAUUACCCCUGGAAACAGAAAUGUUAACACCCCAGUUGGCGAGAUCCACACCAGAAAUGUUGUAAUUACUCCAGGAAACAGAAAUGUUAACACCCCAGUUGGCGAGAUCCAUACCAGAAAUGUUAACACCCCAGUUGGCGAGAUCCACACCAGAAAUGUUGUCAUUACCCCUGGAAACAGAAAUGUUAACACCCCAGUUGGUGAGAUCCACACCAGAAAUGUUAACACCCCAGUUGGCGAGAUCCACACCAGAAAUGUUAACACCCCAGUUGGCGAGAUCCACACCAGAAAUGUUGUCAUUACCCCUGGAAACAGAAAUGUUAACACCCCAGUUGGCGAGAUCCAUACCAGAAAUGUUGUCAUUACCCCUGGAAACAGAAAUGUUAACACCCCAGUUGGCGAGAUCCAUACCAGAAAUGUUAACACCCCAGUUGGCGAGAUCCAUACCAGAAAUGUUGUAAUUACUCCAGGAAACAGAAAUGUUAACACCCCAGUUGGCGAGAUCCAUACCAGAAAUGUUAACACCCCAGUUGGCGAGAUCCACACCAGAAAUGUUGUCAUUACCCCAGGAAACAGAAAUGUUAACACCCCAGUUGGCGAGAUCCACACCAGAAAUGUUGUCAUUACCCCAGGAAACAGAAAUGUUAACACCCCAGUUGGCGAGAUCCAUACCAGAAAUGUCGUCAUUACCCCUGGAAACAGAAAUGUUAACACCCCAGUUGGCGAAAUCCAUACCAGAAAUGUUAACACCCCAGUUGGCGAGAUCCACACCAGAAAUGUUGUCAUUACCCCAGGAAACAGAAAUGUUAACACCCCAGUUGGCGAGAUCCACACCAGAAAUGUUAACACCCCAGUUGGCGAGAUCCACACCAGAAAUGUUGUCAUUACCCCAGGAAACAGAAAUGUUAACACCCCAGUUGGCGAGAUCCAUACCAGAAAUGUUAACACCCCAGUUGGUGAGAUCCACACCAGAAAUGUUGUCAUUACCCCUGGAAACAGAAAUGUUAACACCCCAGUUGGUGAGAUCCACACCAGAAAUGUUGUCAUUACCCCAGGAAACAGAAAUGUUAACACUCCAGUUGGCGAGAUCCAUACCAGAAAUGUUAACACCCCAGUUGGCGAGAUCCAUACCAGAAAUGUCGUCAUUACCCCAGGCAACUAAGCAGUAAUAUGUUGCUUAACACAAAGUAUGAAAUUUCUGUCAUACAUUUGUCAAAAUAAAAUUAAAUCUCUGUCUUCGAACAAAGUUUC